AUGCAAUCGGUCGGCGAAUCAGUGGAGGAGUGUCCAGCAAGUGCCUACUGCUACAACAUGACCGCUUCGGCCGCAUUAGUAGUGGACGUUGUAAAAGCUGGCUGUUCCACAUGGAGAUGUAUGCUCGCUCGCGACAAGUGCAUCAGUACCACCUUCCAAUUUAUACCGGUCAGCUUGUGUUGCUGCAGUCAAGAUCGAUGCAACGUCGGUGGAAAUCCCGCAUACGAUUCGAUAACUUCCGGAGGAGGAGGAAGCGGCGGAUGGGGAGGCGGUGGCAGCUCUGACGGUGGAAGUAGCGGCGGCGGAUGGGGAGGCGGUGGCAGCCAAGAUGGCCGUAAGUGCGACAGUACUAAUAAUAAUAACAACAACAACUAUAACGGAUGGGGAAAUAAUAAUGAUAAUCAAGAUGAACAAUCGAGCAGAAGCAACGUGGGAGGCUUGUUUGCCGAGCCAAAACCCCCACCACACCUCCAUCGACAGGGCGCUGGGAUCCCAAAGCAGAUCGCGGACAAGUUCAAAGACUAUGAUGUUGAUCAUCGAGAUGACAACAAUAAUGGCGUGUCGACUGUGCGCUCUCGCCGCAACGCGCCAACACGAGAGGCGAUUCGAAAUCGUGGCAAGGAGUCCCUUUGGAAAGGAGAUCGAGCUCAGAGGAUAAAGCUGUUCUGA